AUGCUUAUAUCCAUCGUCUUCCGGCUGUUGUUUCUGGCGAGCUUAGCCGCAACCACCCCAAUUCAUCGCAGAACCCCCAGCAUUGGGUCCGGCAACGUAAUUGUUGGGUAUAAAGCUGUUGACAAGAAGAAAGCAGAUGCGUAUAACGCAGCCGGGACUGUGGUAUGGUUUCCCCCUAGCGGGGAGCAAACCGGCACCGGAGUGUAUUUGACUCCAGGCCCAGGACAGUGGCCGGGGAGUGCCUGGAACUGCGCUGUAUGGGCCAAUUCUGAGAAGUGGGAGGCAUUAAAGAAAGUAUGGGUCCCAGAGUACGACUCCAGCGGGAACAAGCUCUGGUAUGCGUCGCAGACUGUUAUAGAUCUCUAUGUACGGUCGUUUGGCUUUUCGCGGGACAGCACGGUCCUUCUAUCUGAUAUUUCUGGUAUGGAUGAUACGAUCCAGAUCUUGUUACAACAAUCCAUGUUGAAAGGGGGGGCCAAUGAUGUGGGUCUCGGGGCCGUCUGUGUAGAAGGCCCUGGGAUAUCAAAACUUCCUGUGACUCUUCCUGCUAACUGGGGAACGUGGGAUAUCGAAGGCCUCUGUGCCGGCUCGGAAGGCCCUGCUACGUGA